AUGGAUGUCACCCUAUUUCUCCCGCGCGAUGAGGCGCCUCCCUGGCGUCAUGUAUGCGGGCAUGGCUGCCUCAUUCGAGGCGCGCGGCACAGUGGAAAGACGUCGUUUGCCUUCCAGGCGGCCGUGAGCACCGUGCGAGACGGGAGUCGUGUGAUGGUACUGUGCCAAGAGCACGUGCUGUAUUCUAAAAUGCCCCGCCCAUUCACUCCUUUGGGGGACCUUGACGAGGCCGCCCUCCUUCGCAUGGAGUUUUUGUACGUCGAUAGCCUUGCUGAUACCCUCCGUGAGGUCGCCGCAUGGAGCACGCCAGAUGAAGCCCCGGCGCUUGUGCUUAUCGACGACGACAGCUUUACAGAUGCUGGGGAGGUGUGUCAGACGGCGCAGACGCUUUCGGCGCUAGAGAACGUGCAUGCGUGGCUGACGCGUUGCGGUAGAUGCUUUCACUACGUGUUCGUCUCCAACAGCUUUCCGGAGCGUGGACAGGGCGUGGAGCUUCCCUUUGCCGCCUUCCCGCUGGUCUGCUUCCUCUUUGGGUCGGCCGGAACAGUGUCGGUGCAGACGCUGGAGGGAGACAUUUCGGAGGCAAAGUCACUGAGGCUGGCGUGGCACGACGGGCUUGUGCUUGAAAAAUGA